GCUGAGCCGCAUCCCAUCAGAGCAGGAGCCUCCUCUCAGCCAGCCAGGCAAUGCUGGCCUCCCUCACCCUCCUCCUGGGGCUGCCGCUCGCCCUCGCCACCGAGCUCUCCUGCGAUACCCGGCUCGUCACGGUCACAUUCGACAAUGCCACCAUCCCUGGGCUCCUGGGACAUUGGGUCUACAUUGGCGGCGCCUCCACGUACCCGCCUCACCAGGAAGAGCUGAAGGCAGUGAAACACGCGACGUUUUCCUUGUUUCCCAGCAGCCACGAGGACGAGCUCAACGUCACUGAAAUCAUGAAAGUGAACGAGACGUGUGUGGUGAAGACCACCGGCAAGAUCCAGGUCUUUCAUCACAACUCCACCCUGGCACAUGUUGAUGACCAGGGGACUUCCACAGCCCAGCUGAUCCAAAGCGACAAGGACCUGCUAAUCAUGAAGCACAUCAAGGAUGACUUCAGGAGCCUGAGCCUCUCUGCACGAACGCCCAACGUGAGCAAGGAGCACCUGGAGGAGUUUGAAGCCCAGCUGCACUGCCUGGGCUUCACCGCUGAGGAGAUGUUCUUCACCUCCGAACAGGAAUCCUGUCCCCUGCCUGGGGAGAAGACAGGCGAAGGUGACAUGGAGCAGCAGCUGGCGUAA